AUGGCCCCGAGACUCGCACCCAAGGUCGUCGCCCGAACCCGGCCCCUCCCGCUGCGCAAGCAGGUCCUGUUCCGCCAACACGAGCACCUCCUCACCGCCAACCCUCUGGUCCUCUUCCUCCGGCCAUCCGACUUCUCGGCCCACGAGUGGCGAGCCCUGCGCGCCAACCUCGCUCAACUCGCUCCCUCUCCCGCGACCCCCUCCUCCUCCUCCUCGACCACCUCCCCGGCCCCACUGUCCCUCACCGUCCUCCGGCCAGGCCUCCUCCCCGCCCUCCUGCGCGACCCCAACUCGCCCGUCUCGCGCCUCGUCGACCCAACCCACCUCGCGUCCGCCUCGCACCUCCAAGGCCCGCUCGCCGUCCUCACCGCCCCCUCGGUCGACCCGCCCACCCUCUCUCGCGUCCUCACCCUCGUCCAAACCUUCUCCCGCACCCCGAAACCCAACUCGCCGCCCCCUCCCGCUCCCGGCGCCCCGGGUGGUGCUGCGCCGCCAGACCGCCUCGCGCUCCUCUCGGCCCUCGUCGACCACUCGGCGGCCGACGUCGCGCGCACGCACGCCGUCGCCAAACUCCCGACGCUCGACGUCCUCAGGGCCCAGCUCGUCGCGCUCGUGUCGCAGCCCGGGAGCAGGAUCGCGGGCGUCGUCGGCGCGCGCGCGGGCGAGCUCGCGAGGACGCUCGACGGGUUCAAGCUCGGCCUCGCCGACGCCGAGGCGUCGCAGGGCGGUGCCGGCGAGGGCGCGCAGGCGCAGGCGCAGGCGUGA